GAUAUCUGUGUUUUUUACAUUUGGAUGCGUCUCAAUUGACCGAAUCCGCCCAUGUAACACUUCCGCAUCUGCGGUGACAGAGUUGGGACGUUGUUUGUCAACCCCAGACAUCCUGACCUGAAAAUCGGUCUUCUCACAAACGCGUCUGUAGCCUCCGAACGGUUUGGUCUGAACACUAAUAUGACUCAUCUGUGUAAAGCUUCACAUAGGUGCUGGCGUGUAUGUACUUCAAGCGCACAGGAGUGCUGAAUUCACCGUCUGCCGAAGUUAAAACACGGAAAGGUAACUGUCCAGCCAGGUGAGCCAGUGUUGGGAUGACCUAGUGUUUAGACUAGAGGGCAUUCCCCUGGCAGAGCUCUGGGGUUCAACAGCUGCCAAUAGGAUCCGUUUGAGGUCCGUACUGAGGUAGAAUAUAUCCAUCUGAGAGACCAGCACGUGAUGUCGUCGUUCAGCCGUGAAAAACUGUCUCUGCACCUGCGGCGCAGAAUGGGGGUGUUUGUGAGCAGAGUGAAAGCUAUAGAGCUCAUGCCCAAUCUCCCUUGCCUUACACUUUCUGACAAGGAGGAGAUCCAGGCCAAGAAGGACUUUUCUGGUAACUAUGCAGCCAUGCAACUCCUGCUGGACUAUGUGCAGAAGAGAAUGAACUGGCCAGAAGAGUUGAUAUCAGGCCUGGAGACGUUGGAGCAUCAGGAUCUGGCUGAGGAACUGAGGGCAGAGUGGAACAAGCACAACCAGAGCAAUCCCUACCCUCCUUCAGCUGCUGCUACCACCGCAGUCAAGACCCAUGUUCAUCCAAUUCCUUCUACCAGCUCUGAGGGGUCGCCAUAUUCUCUGGUCCUCCCAGCUCAUCCAGCCCCACCGGCGGUAUCUGCCCCACUGGCGGUAGCCCCGCCUGAGGCUUCACUCCCUCCUGAAGUAGCCCCAGAGGUUUUGCCACCUCCUGUAGUGGCUGCCCAGCCAGAAGCCCCUCCAAGCUUAGUUCCUGAGGCUCCCGUGGCUGGCUCCUCUUCAGAGCCAGCGUCACAUGCUCCCGAAGCAGCAGUGAGCCCUGACAUAGCCUCAGAGGCAGCACCUUCUCCUGUCGCUGCCCCGCAGGCAGCCCCUCCGUCUCCCGUCUCAGCGGACGAGCCCACAGGGAUCUCUGAACCUCCAGCUUCAUCCCGGCCUGGUCCUAUUGACGUCGUCAGUCUGGAGGACAACUCCUCUCAUAGUGAUGCUCCAACACCGAUAGCCCUGUCUGAAACCACUCCUUCCUUGUCUGGUUCAGACCUAAUCCCAGCUGUAACUGAAAUCACUCCCACGUUGCCUGUCUCACACCUAGCCCUGUCCCAAACUGAAUCCACCCCUGCUGCCUGGGCCACAUUCCAGUCCCCUGAGAGACGUCCAGUUCAGGACACCUCGCCACACACAGUCAACGAGACUAGCUUCCACCAGGAGGCUGUAGAAGACUCUGAUCCAACCCAGGUGACUGAAGAUGACCAGCACACUGAGCCGCCUCAGAUCCAGCACUUCUCCGCCGCCACGGCCCUACCCCCGGUGGAUACCUCCAUGAAUGAGGAUGACGUGAACUUCAGCAAGCCUGAAGUCCUCCGCAGUGAGGUCAUGGACAGCCAGCCAUACUCAGGAGAUUCAACGCGUCUACAGAUGUCUGUGUCACACCUGGUACUUGCUACAGCUGAUGUGAACAGUCCUGUUGUGGUCCCAGACCCCGUCACUACUUCCACCCCUCUGCCAUGUCAGGAGAAUGGAGUUCCUGAGGAAAUUACAGAACCCCUGUCCCAUAACGAGCCCCAGGAGGACACCUACGAGUCCCACUGCAUGAGCUCCCUGGGGGACCAGGAGGUGCUGCUCAAUGUUGUUCACGUGUCUGAGGAAGCGUCCAUUCAGAACAACGACGGCCAGACACCGAGCAUGCUGGGUAUUGUAGUCCACAUGUCCGAGGAGCCAUGUAAAUGGAAUCAAGAUGGCCAAACACAGAGCAUGCUGGGUAAUAAUGAUGUGGGUGUGUCUGAAACACCCCCACCAGUUCAGAACCACAAUAGCCAAUCUCAGAUCACACCUCUCUCUGGAUCUACCGCCCUUGACCUGUCGUCUGGUCCGAACCAGCACGGCCAAUCUCAGGGUCUGAUUAUGAUCGUUAACGGCCAAGACGCCAGCCCCUCAACCAAACAUCCUGAUGCUCCAGCUCCUACUGGCUUUGUCCCCUUCGUCAACGGCUCUUCCUCGGCGGAGAACCGUCAUCCCCUGGGGCCUAUGGGGGCAGAGGUCCUGAUGGAGGCUAGAGCUGUUCCUGAACUGAAGCAAGAGAGAGCGAUAGGAGAGAGCUAUUAUCUUCUGGGGGCUGCUGUAGUGGCCGUCUCAGCUCUGUUCAUGGCCUGGAGGAUGAAGAAUUAACAACUAGGGUUGAGGAUAGGUUGUCUGAAAUGACACCAUGUUUAUAUAUAUUAAGUCAAAGUGAGUAACCUUGUCUUUGGCCCCUGUCCUUUUGGGCGGUUCUGGCGAUCUACUGUUUCUGUAGCGUGACGCAGCUUGAAGAAUAAUUACACAGCCUGGACAAAGUAGUGCACUAUAUUGGAAAUAGGGCCUGAACAAAGUAGUGCACUAUAUUGGAAAUAGGGCCUGAACAAAGUAGUGCACUAUAUUGGAAAUAGGGCCUGAACAAAGUAGUGCACUAUAUUGGAAAUAGGGCCUGAACAAAGUAGUGCACUAUAUUGGAAAUAGGGCCUGAACAAAGUAGUGCACUAUAUUGGAAAUAGGGCCUGAACAAAGUAGUGCACUAUAUUGGAAAUAGGGCCUGAACAAAGUAGUGCACUAUAUUGGAAAUAGGGCCUGAACAAAGUAGUGCACUAUAUUGGAAAUAGGGCCUGAACAAAGUAGUGCACUAUAUUGGAAAUAGGGCCUGGACAAAGUAGUGCACUAUAUUGGAAAUAGGGCCAGAGCAAAAGUAUUGCAAAAAAACAAGGACAUAUUAUAGUUCAAUAUGUUAAGAGAUUAUAUUGGCCCAGUGCCUUAUUGUAUUGAUAGGAGUGAAGGAGCUGAAAUUAACUAUUUAUUAAGCAAUGAGUUCAACCCAACAAACACCAAUGAUCACUGAGUGAACAAAACAUUAGGAACACCUGCUCUUUCCAUGACAGACUGACCAGGUGAAUCCAGGUGAAAGAUAUGAUUCCUUACUGAUGUCACCUGUUAAAUCCAUUUCAAUCAGUGUAGAUGAAGGGGAGGAGACGGGUUAAAGAAGGAUUUUUAAGCCUUGAGACAUGGAUUGUGUCUGUGUGCCAUUCAGAGGGUGAAUGGGAAAGACAAAAUAUGUAAGUGCCUUUGAACGGGGUUUGGUAGUAGGUGCCAGGCACAUCGGUUUGAGUCAAGAAUUGCAAUGCUGCUGGGUUUUUCACGCUCAACAGUUUCCUGUGUGUAUCAAGAAUGGUCCACCACCCAAAGGACAUCCAGCCAACUUGACACAACUGUGGGAAGCAUUGGAGUCAACAUGGGACCAGAAUCCCUGUGGAACGCUUUCCACACCUUGUAGAGUCCAUGCCCUGACGAAUUGAGGCUGUUCUGAGGGCGAAAGAGAGAGGAACUCAAUAUUAGGAAGGUGUUCCUAAUGUUUUGUACACUCAGUGUGAGUACCUAUGCAGGACUUUGAUCGACGGUCUAAAUCAAUUAUUAAUUAGCAUGAUACAGCAUGUCCUAGUUGGGAUAAAUAAAAUGUAUCUUUUAUGAUGAA